AGCAUCCAAAAGAACAGAAAGAAAAUCAAAAGGGGAAAUAAAAGCAAGUGUUCUGCAACGCGGUUUCCCAACCAACGGUCACCUCCUCGUCGUCGUCCUGCUCUCCUCCAAAUUCCAAUUCCCGGAUGAAUUUAACAACAAGAAGAAGAAGACCUCACCCAAAGUCUUCUUAAGGUCGUCGUCUUCUUCUUCCUCCACUACCAAUUUCCACCGGCGAAACCCAUCUAGCUGAAGCUAAGCUACGCCACACCUCCAGUAUCCGGCCAUGGGGUUCUGGGAGCGCGACCACGAGUGGGACUGGAAGAAGACCGCCAUCUGGGCCGCCGUCCUGCUCCUCGCCUUGGGGGUCCUGGCCCUCCUCAUCGUCGCCUUCGCCGUCGCUUCCCCGCCCAAGGCCACCGCCGACGACGCCCUCCUCCAGCGCUUCACCCUCUCCUCCACCCCCUCCUCCCCCACACCCAACUCCACCAUCUCCUACAACGCGACCGUCGCGGUCUCCCUCUACAACCCGAACAUCCACCGGGCCAUCUCCUACGGCGCCAUGGCGGCCGCCUUCUCCUUCAACGGCACCCGCUUCGACGACCAGGCCACGGUGGCGGCCUUCGAGCAGGGGGCGCGGAAGACGACGACGGUCCGGGUCACCGUCGGCGGCGCCGACCGGGCCGUGAGGCUGUCCGCCGCCGGCGUGGCGGAGUUCGGGAGGGAGAAGGGGGACGGGAGGUUCAUGGUGGAGGUGAGGAUGGAGUCCGUGAUGCGGUACAAGGGGAGGAAGACGGACUGCCCCGUGGUGGUGGUGUGUCCUUUGCUUCUGCAGCUUGUUGACCCCGCCGUCGCCGCCACCGCGUUCCAGAAGACCAAGUGCACCAUCCUCAGGGCCAAGAAGUCCGGCUGCUAGCGCUAGCCGGAGCUGGAAUCCAUUCUAGAUCUGCACCAUUCCUCAGGGCCAAGAAGUUGAUUCACUACUACUGUAAAAAAUGCCCAAGAACAGUUCUUAGUGCACAACCAUUCGUGUAGUGUAUGUACUAUGUGUCGAUCUCCUCACUAAGCUUGUUUGUUCUACUUGUUUCGAGAGAGGGAAAUUGGUUGGUUGUGGAUCUAUUUGCUGCUGUAUUUUUUUUUUGUUUGCGUGAUCGACUUGAGGCUAUGGUCAGACUUUGUUGGUUUGGGUUUUUUUGGAUGGUUUGCAUUUGCAACUGUUGAAUACAAGAUGCUCUGUUCUAGUGGA